GGCGCUUACGCUGUUUGCGUAGCGCACGCCGUUGGCGCAGGCGCAGUGAGGCGGGCCCGGAUCCCUGCGCGCGGCCGAAGCCUCCGGUGCCGGUCCCGGUUCCGAGCAGGCCCCGGCUCCGGUCCCGGUCCCGUGAAGGCCCCGAGAAGGCCCCGGCCCCCCGCAGGCCCCGGCCUCGGCCCCCGGCCCGGCCCGGCCAUGAAGUUCCUGUACAAGGAGGAGCAUCCGUUCGAGAAACGUCGCUGCGAGGGCGAGAAAAUCCGGAAAAAGUACCCGGACCGAGUCCCGGUGAUCGUGGAAAAGGCGCCCAAGGCUCGAAUUGGGGACCUGGACAAGAAGAAAUACCUGGUGCCCUCCGACCUGACAGUGGGGCAGUUUUAUUUCCUGAUCAGGAAGAGAAUUCACCUGCGGGCCGAGGACGCUUUGUUCUUCUUCGUCAACAACGUCAUCCCCCCGACCAGCGCCACCAUGGGACAGCUCUACCAGGAACACCACGAGGAGGAUUUCUUCCUUUACAUCGCCUACAGCGACGAGAGCGUCUACGGAGCCUGAAGCCGCCUUCUCCCGCUCCUCCCGAAUUCCCGAUCCCGAAUUUCCCGGUUUUUUCCCGGUUUUUUCCCGGUUUUUCCCGGUUUUUUCCCGGUUUUUUUCCCCCCUCCCCCCCCCCCCCUCAAAUAAAAGCGACGGAGCCGCCUCAGGGCCUGGA